CUUAAUAUUGAUAUACUGUGUGUAUAUACGUGUGCGCGCACACACACGCACACGCGCACACGCGCACACACACAGUAAUGUGCCUUAAAACCGAGGUCCCCAAACCCCGGGCCUCGGACUGGUAUUGGUCCGUGGAUCAUUUGGUACCGGGCUGCACAAGAAAGAAUAAAUAACUUGCAUUAUUCCCGUUUUAUUUACCUGAGCCUGAACGAUCUUUUAUUUUGAGAAAUGGACCAGAUUCUCUCCUACACCUCAGUGGCGUGAUCAUAACAUUACUUAUGUCAUCUUUGAUGGUGCCGUUCGAGUGGCAGCCUGUUAUAGCAGCUCUGUCCUUUCGUCCCUUCUUUUUGUGUUUUGAUUGUGAUAUAGUGAGUUUUUUGUUCUUUUUCACAUUCUCACAUCAUUGAAUUAGGCUAGUGUGCGGCUAUGGAUGUUCACGUUGUAACAUUCAUAGUUUGUUCCCGACUGAUUUUCGAACUUUUUGGUGUGGCAUCGGGUGAGCCAUCCAUACUCGGCUCCGUUGUCUACACCCGCGAUCAGCUGUUAGCCUGGCGCUACACAACCCUUCCCUGCGGGUUGCGGACGGAGAUCCCCAAGGAGAUACGGCCGCAGAGAAAAGGAUGCCGAGCCGGAGUUAAGUGCAGGCAGCGGAAGAGACGGUAUAAACUGUGCUUACCGUCGGUCAUCAUGGGAAACAUGAGAUCUCUUCAAAGCAAAAUGGAAGUGCUAACGGCGCUAACCAGGACGCAGAGGGAAUAUCGCGAAUGCAGUCUCAUGUGCUUCACGGAGACACGGCUGAUCAAUCUCUCGCCCGACUCACACCUCUCCCUGGACGGUUUACAAGUGGUGCGGGCUGACAGGAGUGCUAUGGAGUGCGGUAAGAGGAGAGGUGGAGGACUCACUGUGUUUGUGAAUGAUAGAUGGUGCCAUCCCGGACACGUCAGCGUUAAGGAGCGUCUCUGCUCCAGUGACUUGGAGCUGUUGGUGGUUAGCAAACGACCGUACUAUCUCCCGAAGGAGUUUUCACAUGUUAUUGCUGUAACGGUGUACAUCCCUCCCUCGGUUGUCGCUGCUACCGCUACGAACCGGAUCCACGCUAUUGUUUCUAGGCUUCAAACCCAGCACCCCCAAUCUGUCCUCCUCAUCUCCGGGGACUUCCCGGGGUCACUCUUCUGUCUCCACUCCAUCACCCCGGUCUUCCGACGUCCCCCUCUCCUUUACAGAUCUUCAGGUGAGGAGCCACCUCAGAAAGGUCAAGGCAGGGAAGACCCCGGGCCCAGAUGGCUUCUGGCUGAGACUGCUAAAGGACUGUGCGGACCAGCUGAGUGGUGUGGUCACGUACCUGUUUAACCUGAGCCUGAACAAGGUCCCAGGACUGUGGAAGACCUCCUGCGUGGUCCCCGUACCGAAGGUGCCGCGCCCCAAGGAGCCGAACCACUUCAGACCUAUUGCCUUGACUUCCCACCUGAUGAAAACUAUGGAGAGGAUCAUCCUGGGUCACCUGCGUUCACUAGUGGGAGCGCAGCUGGACCCCCUGCAGUUUGUUUACCGGCCUGGUGUUUGGUUGGACAAUGCAGUGACUUAUUUACUGCACAGAACACUGCUUCACCAUCCAGCCGUCACUGCUUAGGUUGAAGAUGGAGAAGGCGGGUGUGGACCAGCGCCUGGCUGCAUGGACAACGGACUUCCUCACCGACCGGCCAAAGUAUGUGAGGUUACAUGUCUGUGUCCGACGUGGUGCGCUGCAGCACAGGUGUCCCCCCAGGGUACGGUGCUCUCCUUUCCUUUUCACCCUGUUCACUUCAGACUUUAACCACGACACUGCUCACUGCCACAUCCAGAAGUUCUCCGACGACACGGCCAUUGUUGGAUAUGUCUCGGAGGGGAACGAUCUGGAAUUUAGGACGGUGAUCAAUGACUUUGUCAGCUGGUGUGAGCUCAACCAGCUUCAGCUGAACACCAGCAAGACGAAGGAGUUGAUUGUGAGCUUCGGGAGGACAGCACCCAUCUUCACUCCGGUGAACAUCCAGGGAUCGGACAUUGAAGUAGUGGAGAACUACAAAUUCCUGGGUGUUCGCCUUAAACUGGUCUGGACUGAUCACACCCACGCCCUGUACAAAAAGGGCCAGAGUUGCCUCCACCUGCUGAGGAGACUGAGGUCCUUCGGUGUGUGCAGGGCUCUCCUCCGGACCUUCUAUGACUGUGGUGGCCUCAGCCAUCCUCUACGCUGUGGUCUGCUGGGGUGGGGGCAGUACUGAUCGGGACAGAGGGAGACUGAAUAAGAUGGUCAGAAGAGCGAGCUCUGACCUGGGCUGUCCCCUGGACACCAAUGAGGUUGUGGGUGAGAGGUGGACGUUGAUUAAGCUUAAAUCCAUCAUGGACAACACCUCUCACCCCCUCCAUGAGCUUGUGCGGUCCCUGAGCAGCUCCUUUCCCUCUGCUGUGAGACUUUACAACAUGCAUGCCACCUGAUAAAAUGAAUGUGUUUCAUCUCUGCUAGCAGCACUUGUGUUUGUCCUUGUCUGUCAUUUACCAUUUUUUUGUAAUUCUCGCACUUGUUUUAUUCUUGCACUCAUAUGCGCUAGUGUGACAAGUCAAUUUCCCCGCUGUGGGAUGAAUGAAGUUCUAUCAUCAUCAUCAUAGUGUUGUUGGCACGAUGUUCGGAGGAUGCUACAAGUAAAUUUAUAGAGGAAUACACAGUGGGUUCAUGAUUAUUAUUAUAUUAUACUGUGGUGUUUGCAAAAAGAAUUCCCCUAUGGACCUAAAGGUUGAAGGGUGCGUUGUGAACGCGGUGUUUAUAGAGGUUAACGUAGUACUUCCAUUGUUGCUCUUCCUUUGUGUGUAUGGUCUUCCUACAGUAUGUUCAGUCAAGUCUUUUGUAACACACUUCCUGCCAAUCCUUUUCUUUUGCACCACAAUAUCAUUGUUUUUAUGCCAGUUGUAUCAUUUGAUUUUGUUGUACUUAUCCGCCACACUCGGGUGUUCAGAUCGGCUUUGUGGGCCUAACCCAGAAAUGGGCAAACUACGGCCCGCGGGCCACAUCCGGCCCGCGGGCCACAUCCGGCCCACGGGCCCGUUUAAUCCAGCCCGCCAAACCUGAAUAAAUUGUAUUAUUAAACUUUUUUUUUGGUCAUUUCCCCUGCAAUAACUGUGUUUCCCCAGUAGAUGGGGAAUGGCCCGCCCGCGCAUUUACUCCCGGAAGCCAUGUCAGAAAGUGCUUGUACAUACUACUCAGUAGUACGGACCCGGCGCACUCCGCGCUCGAUUUCUAUCAGUGCCGAAUUUUGAGUGUGGGCUGUGACGUUAGCAUUUUCGUAAUUUGCGCGCUGAGCUUUCAGAUACAAUUUUACCCAAAAGCCACCCACAAACCUUCCCCUGGAAUCCUUCCAUUAAAAUGAGACGCCCAAGGAAAAGAAAGGUGGACUCUGAGUGCCAAGUGUUUAAAAAAAUAAUGGAGAACAAAAUAUUUUUUCGCUGAAGUCUGAUCAAUGCUGGUUUGUCUAAUAUGCCAAGAAACAGUUACAGUAUUUAAGGCGUACAAUAUUAGCCGUCACUUUGCGACAAAGGAAUGCUAACUACGCUAGCAGUAAACAAAGGAACGGGCGCCUACAGCGGAGAGCUUGACAGCUACUUUGAAGACUCAGCAAAACUUUUUUCCACCGACAAACUGCGGAUCAAAAGUCAAGUACAGAGGCAAAUUUUUGAUUCAUCACCUGUUUUCGACUAAUCUUAAUUUUUAAAGUUCUUAAGGCCGACUUUAAGGAAGUCGACUUUAAGGAAGUCCCAUUCCCAUUUCCUUACCUCUGUCACCAGGUGUUUGUGAGUUAAAGCUCUGCUCUGAUUUUCAGAUAUCAGUCACCGUGGUGCCGUUUCUUUAUUACUUUAUUUAGAUGUACUCUUUCACUGAUUCUUAAAGAUGAUGUAUUUGGUCAGCUCGCAGUGCCUACUUCCACCUGUCAGUGGAUCACCAGCUUUCUGACCAACACGAGACAGCGUGUAAGGCUGGGGAGCAUCACAUCUGACACCCGGACCACCAAUACUGGCGCCCCUCAGGGGUGCGUCCUCUCCCCACUGCUCUUCUCUCUCUACACCAACGAUUUCUCCUCAGACAGGAGGUGGAGCGUCUGGUCCACUGGUGCAGCCAAAACCAAUUGGAGCUGAACCCGCUCAAGAUCGUGGAGAUGACAGUGAACUUCAGGCGAGAUUCUUCACCACUUUCACCCCUUACUAUCCGCAGUAAUACUAUUCUCGCCACAGAUACCUUCAAGUUCCUGGGAACCACAAUCUCUCGGGAUCUGAAAUGGACCGGCUACAUAGACUCUGUCCGAAAGGCCCAGCAGAAGUUGUACUUCCUCAGACAGCUCAAGACGUACACUGCCAUCAUCCAGUCUGUCCUCUGCACCUCCAUCACUGUCUGGUUUGGAUUGGCCUCCAAACAAGGCAAGCACAGACUGCAACGGACAAUCGGGACUGCAGAAAAGAUAAUUGGAAUCAACCUCCCAUCUAUCCAAGACUUGUACCUGUUCAGGACCAGGAAACUUGGAAGUAACAUCUCUACAGACCCUUCUCACCCAGGAUGCAGUUUGUUUGAUCUGCUCCCCUCCGGACGGCGUUAUAGAGCUCUGUACGCCAAAACCAGCAGACACAGAGAUAGCUUCUUCCCCCAGGCUGUUGCUCUGAUGAACUCACACCACUCUUAGAGUCUCAGAGUCAUUGAUGUGCAAUAACAUCCUGCUCUCCACACCUUUAUUGAAUUGUCUACACUGUUUGUAGUAUGUGUCCUCUUUGCAUCCAUUACAGCCUGGUCAUCCUGGAAGAGGGACCCACCCAUUUGUGGUCUCUUCUCAAGGUUUCUCAUUUCCCUUAGUUGGAGUUUUGAGUUUUCCUUUGCUCUCCUGGAAGUUUAAGAUCAGUGGAUGUUUGAGAAUAUUUGUCAUUUUUCACAUGUCCUGAGUGUUGUUAGUCACCUAAAUGUUGAACAGAGGCUGUGAUGUACUGAAGUCAAAUUCCUUGUUUGGCACGCUCAAACAUGGCGAUUAAAAACUCUUGAAAAUUUCUUGACGAAUGUUUGCCGCUUGAUGUGAUUUCGCCUCAUUAGAUAAAUAGCUUUCAUAAAUCUGACCUGCAGGCGCUGAAGUGACGGAAACUGUUAUUCAUAUUAACAGUGUCGUAUUUAAUGAGAAUCAAUGAUAGUAGUUUUUUGGUGUAAUUUUUUUUUUUUAAUGCUGCUAAUAAAUGCAUUU